AAACGCUUCAGCUGACACUCAACCGCAACAGCGUGAUUCCACAGAUCCAGAUCCAUUCCACCGCGUCGUUUCGGUGUUGCUUCCUCGGCCCAUCUCCUCCCUCUGUCCAACUCUCUCGGCGCCUCUCUUUUUAAAUUUUAAUAACGCCAGCCGGCGACGCCUGUGCAGGUCUUGCCGGCAUUGCGUCGGUGAAUCUCGCAAUCCCGCGUUAUUGGUCAUAGUCGCAGGCCCGGUCCGUCUCCUCUCCUCUCGUGGUCGAUCCUGGUUGAGCAUCAUUGAGAGUUGAAGAAAACAUGUUUUGGAGAAAGCAGGCUUCUCAUUUUGAUUUAGAUGAUGUUGAGCAAAGACAAGCAAAGAUCAAGGAACUGAGAGCUGCACUUGGGCCUUUGUCCACCCGUGGAGAGAAAUAUUGCAGUGAAGCAUGCUUGGUAAGAUAUCUCGAGGCCCGCAACUGGAAUGUUGACAAUUCUAGAAAAAUGCUGGAAGAAAGUCUCAAGUGGAGGGCAGCCAGGAGGCCUGAGGAUAUUCGCUGGCUGGAUGUUUCUGUUGAAGCAGAAACAGGUAAAAUGUACAGGGCACCUUUUACAGACAGAGAGGGGAGAACCGUGAUUGUAAUGAGACCUGCAAAGCAGAAUACAUCAUCUCACGAAGGGCAGUUGCAGUAUCUUACAUAUACCUUGGAGAAUGCAGUCCUCAACCUGCCUCAAGGUCAAGACAAAAUGGUGUUGUUGAUAGACUUCACAGGAUGGACACUGGCCCAUAGAAGUCCCUUCAAGACUUCCAGAGAGAGUAUGACUACCGUGCAAAGCCAUUACCCGGAGAGACUUUCAGCUGCAUUUAUGUUCAAUCCGCCCAAAAUAUUUGAGGCCUCUUUUAAGGUUCUCAAAGUAUUGAUUGACCCGAAAUCAGCCCAGAAACUCAACUUUGUGUACAAGGAGAACGAGGAGAGCAUGAAGACAAUGUACAACCACAUUGAUCCAGAAGUCCUUCCUGUAGAGUUUGGAGGGAAGAACAAUGUUGUCUACAACCAUGAGGAUUACUCUAAGUUGAUGACAAAGGAUGACAUCAAAACAGCAAGCUUUUGGGGGGCAGACAGUAACCAUGCCACGAACGGGCACUCGGUUCCUGCGGUUAAAUCGCAGUCAUCACUAACUGUUGCUAAAGCAAGUUGAGAAACAUUGGCCAGCCAUCCCACCGGCUGUUGCUAAAGCAAAUUGAGAUGCAUCAGGCAGCCAUUAUGAGCUUACGAUGGCCUUCGGUACAGUUCUGAAAGAGAAAUAAAGAAAUGCAACUGCAGAAUAUCUCGCUUGUGAAUUUAUGAUGUUACAAACAACGGUUAUACUUGCUCAUCACAAAAUAAGUGAUUUCAUUACCA